AUGGUCAACACUCGCACGUAUAUCUUACCCACAUCGUCGGCAAGUUAUCUUAAAUUUCUCCUGGUCUUUCGCUUACAGCUUAAUCAGACUCUUGAAUUCCAUGUGCGGUGUAGGCUAUAUUCUGCAUCGUGGAGCAGACCUCGCCAGGUUACCAUGCUUACACGAUGUUCUGAUCGCUCGUGCAAUGCGAAGCGCUUUCCCGUUCCCGAGAGCCUCUUAAAUGACGCUACUGUACAACCUUACGUACACAACUGUCUUGUCACCCUUCAUGAAGGGAGACGCAUCUGUCAGUUCUGUAUUUUUUUCAAGUGGCAUUGUCAUCUGAGAAUCAACACCCUUCUCAGCAGCGAUGGCAAUGUAUUCCGAGGUGAUGCAGCUAUUACUAGGGUUGGCACAAGCGCCGGCUCUGUUGUAAACAUGCGGGGAAGGGACAAUGCGCUAGCCGACUUUAUCAUGCACAAGUGA